AUGGGACCCUCGUCCAAACAGCGUGCCAGUGGAGGCUUCCGGCACGGGCUGCCCGUGUUGCUAAAUCGCCUUCGCCGUAGCCCCAACCGUCAUGUGGACGAGUCCAGCAGCCAGGUGCUGCCACAAAGACCUUGCGAGGAUUCAGAUAUCGCGAACAAUGCCGGAUCCCUUCCGCCCGGUCAAAUAGGCGACGUCUCUACUGCAACAACAGACGAUGAAGGCCACACCCAAACUCCUCAGAGUGCUAUUCACGAAAGUCAUCCAGAACAGGACCCUCUCCAUCAGCUGAGUCGCGAUGACGACAAUGGCACCAUGAAUGCUUCUUCGGAUCUUUGGAGCGCUGCCUAUCGAGAGGCAAUUGAUAGUCUUGGAAAUGACAUUGAUGUCGCCAUUCUCAGAGCUAGCAAUGCCGCCCGGCUGUUCAAAGAACUUGAAGAGAUGGACAGAGACGUAACACAGGAGUCGGCCUUCCAUCGUGGCGUGGCAUAUUUACGCUCGAUCCAAGUGCCACUCGAGAGAUUCAAGCUAGCGUUAGACAUCGCGUCUCCACUGAGCCGUCUUGAUCCAACUGCGACGACUGUUGUUGGUUUGGUCAGCAGUGUGACAGCAAUUGCAAUAAGCUUUGCAUCCGCUGAUUUGCAGUUCGCAAAGCAGAUUGGGGAAAUGCUAGAACAGAUUUCAUAUAUUGAUGAGUGUGAUACCCUCGGCCAGCGAACCGCUAGGACAGAUAUUCACAAGACGCUCGUAUCUGUGUAUCGAGAAAUCCUGGAAUUCUAUAAAGCUGCACACGAGAUUCUUACCACAAGAGGAGUCAAAUUGGCGAUGAAGAUGAUUCUAGCGACAGACCGUUUGCCAAACAUCGUACAAGACUUUUUGAAGCAUGCUGAACAUCUUCGAAAACUUGUAGAAAAAGCGACAUGGGAGGUCGUCGAAGACAUAAAGGCCAUGCUUUACGACAGUGAAAUUUCUAGGUGGUUAGGCAGUGACAAAAUCAGUGGGCAGACUCAAUACCAUUCAAGCUUACAAGAACUUCGCAACGAUGAUGCCUGCAGCUUCUUGCUGGAAGACCCAGCAUUUAUUGACUGGUAUCGUGCUGCCGAUUCCCAAUGGUUGGCGCUGUUUGGUGAUAUGGGUUCCGGGAAAACGGUUACCAUGGCAUUUCUUGUGGACGAACUGAGUCGAAGAAAUGAAUACCAAGUACCUAAACCGAAGGUAUGCUACUACUAUUGCCGAGACAACCUGACUAGCCAAGCCAGCCACAUGUUCUCUACGUUGAUCCUAGCACUGCUUGGACAGCUCUCUGGUCUGAAAAAAACAUUCUUUGAAUGGUAUAAGCAGAAUCAGGCAUCUGGGAUCCUUGAUCCAGCGGCAAAUCCAAGAAAACUGGGAGAAUUCCUCGAAACCGUCCUAGCAACUCUCGAUCGUCCGCUCUUCAUCGUUAUCGAUGGUCUGGAUGAGUGCAAUAGGGCAUCACGAAAAGAUCUUCUCAAGUUGUUGAAGACUUUAUCACAGAAGACUCCAAGGCUCAAAAUCGCCCUUUCUUCUCGACCUGAAGAGGAGAUUCUAAAGCAGCUGGACACAGUUGCUAAGAUUGAUCUCACCUCCAAUGCUCUCAGAGAUGCCCUUAUUGUUCGGCAUACAGUUGAGAUGCAAUUGUCUUAUUUGUCCGAAGGUGUUCAAACGCUGGUGACAGAAGCAUUAUCCCCCUUGGCGCAAGGAAGUGCCAUAUGGACGAAGAUAGUAGUUGAACUCAUUGAAGUUCGUGGAAUCAGAGCGCCUGGCCCGAUGCGACGUUUCUUGGAGGAGAUCCCUUUGCCAAAGCAGCUCUCAAAGCUCUAUGCCGCUGUAAUAUCACAAUGCUCUUCAGAUGACACCGAGAAUAAGGAGCUCAUAAUCACAGCAUUGAAGGUUCUCGCUGCCGCCUUCAGACCUCUUAGCAUACAAGAACUCGCGUGGGUGGUAGCAUUGGCUACUGCUCCAUCUAGGGUCACUACCGUCGCUGCUCUCGCCCAGCUGGUGGAUCAUGAAAGAUUGAUCAGCCUGAUCCACCCCUUCAUCACUCGUGUUGAUUACGAUGAUGUUCGAAAGCGCCAAGUUCGACUUGUACACCAGUCAGUGAAAGAGUUCAUCCGAGAAUGGCCUCAUCUGGGAAAUUCGUUAACAGCACGUCUUCGGACGGAUACUCAUCAAGAGAUUGAGAGUUCUGAGGCUCUUGUCUUAGAUCUCUGCAUUGAUUAUCUACUAUUGGAUGAGAUAGGCAGCUCUCAUCUUUUCUCUGAAGAGCAGGUUGCGAUCAUUGAGCUGCCACACGAACCCGACUUGUUUGAAACCACAGAUAUGUCCGAAUACGACCCAUACUGCACUUGGGAGGUAUGGGAAGAGCACAUGAUACGAUAUGAUCCGAAAGAGCGAGGCUUCGGCGAGUUCUUUGUUUACGCGGCAACCCACUGGACCGAGCAUUUCGGCACGGUCGAGGCUGGAGUUCUACCACAAUUGGCAAAAAUAGAAAGUCUAUGUCAAGCGGGCUCAAUACGACUUGACAAUUGGAUCAAUCAAAAUUGUCGUCCAGACUGCACUAUGAAGGCCAGGUUCGAAUUUGAUAGUACGUUGUACGAUCCUCUCAGCAUCACUUCGCUCUACGGUUCAGAGGCCAUACUCUGCGAUAUGGUCGAGAAGUCCAAUUUCGAUGAGAAACGAUUUCUUCCUUUACCAGCUUUCAAUGCUGCUGAUCAAAUUCUUCAAUGGGGCGAUCUGUCCAGGCUCCGGAUACUCUUCUUGGAAGACAAGUUCAGUUCUCAGCUUCGGAAUCUGGAAUUUUUUCGACUUAUUGUAAGACAAUGGUCUCAUUAUGGUGCUCGCCAUGAUAACUGGAACGUGGCUUUUGAACUCGUCGAUUAUGUGCUUGACAUACUUGUUCGGGAACAAUGGGGUCAUGAACUUCUUUGCAUAGCUGCUCGCGCUGGCUGCAUGCCCAUGAUCCAGCAUUUGUUUGACAAGGCUCAACACAUGACAGAGCUCCGGACCGAAUUACUACGUGGCUUGCAUUCGAUCGAAGAGGCUGUUUUGGGAGACCACAGUGAUGUGGUAGAGUAUUUGCUGAACCAGGAAGGAUUCGAAGCCUAUCUCCGACACGUCAAUUCUAAUGGUGAGAAUGUCUUACAUCUGGCAUCGAAAACCUGCAAUCCAGCGAUAUUCCGCUUGCUGGUGCCCCGCCUACUGGAGAGUGUACACCAGAUGGACAACCAGGGAAAUAUAGCCCUCAUGUGGAUGGUUAAGAGCCACUCUGAUUCAGAAUCCCGCUAUGAAUCUGCAAGAAUACUGCUCCUUUCACAGGCCGAGACCGUUUGGGAUAGUCAGGUACGGGACAAGCUGCAUGAUGCUUUGCAGAUGGCCGUCAGUCUGGGAGACACAGACAUGUGCCGCCUUUUGGUAUGCGAUGGUAAGAUAGAUCCGCGCUCAGCUUUGCGUCGUCAAAAGACGCGAAUAAGACGGCGGAAGUUGUGA